AUGCCGGCAUACAUCAAGUAUAUGAAGGAGCUACUUUCCAGGAAAAGCUCACUCAAGGGAGGCCAAACUAUAGUGAUGAAUAAGGAAUGCAGUGCUCUCAUUCAACCAGAGUUGCCUACAAAAAGAAAGGACCCAGGAAGUUUCUACAUUCCCUGUGCCAUAGGAGAAACCAUGUUUGAUAAAAGACUCUGCGAUUUGGGAGCAAGCAUCAACUUAAUGCCCUUAUCCCUUAUGAAGAGGCUGCAGAUCAAUGAGAUAAUGCCCACAGAUGUAGUCAUCAGGCUGGCUGACAAAACUCAAAAACAAGCAAUAGGAGUGGUGGAAAACGUGUUGGUAAUGGUUGGAAAAUACUUCCUCCCAACAGAAAUUGUCAUAUUGGACAUGGAAGAGAGUCACACUCACCCAAUCAUAUUGGGAAGACCAUUCCUAGCUACAGCCAGAGCACUCAUAAAUGUGGAGCGAGGGGAGCUAAUUCUGAAGAUCCAUGAUGAACAGCUCACUUUCAAUGUUUUCAAACGCUCACAAGAAACAGAUCAAGAGAACAAGGAACCAAGGAAGGAUCACAGUGAGAUACUGAAGGAAGAAACAAGCACUGAAGCACUACCAGCACAUAUGGGAACUCCCUUGAUUGAGGAACAAGGCAAACAGCAAUUGCCACAGCUCAAAGAAAAGCAGGAGGAACCUAAACCACCAGAAUCAUAUGAGACCAGUAACCACAUUUCCUUAGAGGAAGAGGUCACAAAGAGUAAGACAACAUCACAAGGAACAAAGAAGUAG